UCAUUUUUUUUCACUUCAAACACAGACAGAGGCAGGGGUGGUGAGAGCGCUAAUAAGGACAAGAACUUAACUUGAAAAACGCAUUAACUAAUUACAGUACACAGUUUUGUGUUCAGAUUAAUAUUAUCCUGCUGGAAGUUUACUGUUUUCUCAAUUUAUUUUGCAUCCUGUAGGUAACUUCAACAGAAUCCUUCCAGGAUACCUUUGUCAAGAGCGUGAGCAGGAGGAUCAAGGCAGCAGACACUGUUGAAAAUGAGUCUCGUUGAAAUCGGUGAAAAUGUGAAACUUGCCCGAGAAUAUGCUUUACUUGGGAAUUACAACUCUGCCAUCGUCUAUUAUCAAGGAGUGCUUGAGCAGAUGAGGAAAUACCUGUUUUCUGUGAAAGACCCUUUAUUACAACAAAAAUGGCAACAGGUUCACUUGUUUUUCUGGCAGGUCUGGCAAGAAAUAAAUGAAGAAAAUAAACAUGUCAAAGAAAUUAUGGCAACCCUGGAUGGCUUUAAAGUAGAAAGCACUCCUGCUAAACCACUGAGUCAAGAUGGAGACAUUUGGCCAGUGCAAGUUGAACGCAGGCCAUCACCCUGUCCUGUAAGACGACAGCCAGUUCAAUACAAUGAUGCCAGACCUCACCACAACAACAGAUUAAGUGUUGCUCAGAAAGGCCAACAUUGGCAAUCCCCUCGGAGUGCAAACAGUGACCGAGUGAGACCUGUCCGGGGGAAAGAGAGAAAGGAGGCACAGGGCAAAGCGAAAGAUGAUAAGAGAAAAUCUGCUGCUUCUGCUGAUGUUUCAGAAUCAGAAGUGAAGAAAUUUGAUGGGACCGGAUAUGAUAAAGACUUGGUAGAGGCCCUGGAAAGAGAUAUAAUAUCGCAAAAUCCAAACGUUAAAUGGGAUGAUAUCGCAGACUUGGGAGAGGCAAAAAAACUGCUAAAAGAAGCUGUAGUUUUGCCCAUGUGGAUGCCAGAGUUCUUCAAAGGAAUUAGACGACCGUGGAAGGGGGUGUUGAUGGUUGGCCCUCCUGGAACAGGAAAAACACUGCUGGCCAAAGCUGUAGCCACUGAAUGUAAAACAACCUUUUUCAAUGUUUCUUCAUCAACACUUACUUCCAAGUACAGAGGGGAGUCUGAGAAAUUAGUGCGUCUCUUAUUUGAAAUGGCAAGAUUCUACGCUCCUACUACUAUAUUCGUUGAUGAGAUUGACUCGAUCUGCAGCCGCAGAGGGACGUCGGAAGAACACGAGGCCAGCAGAAGGGUGAAAGCAGAGCUAUUAGUUCAGAUGGAUGGUGUUGGAGGGGCGUCAGACAAUGAAGAUCCUUCAAAAAUGGUUAUGGUUCUUGGAGCCACCAACUUUCCCUGGGACAUAGAUGAGGCUCUUAAAAGACGAUUAGAAAAAAGGAUUUACAUCCCCUUGCCUUCAGCUGAAGGCAGGGAAGAACUCCUAAAAAUAAACCUGAAAGAGCUAGAAUUGGCGAGUGAUGUUGAUCUAACUAAAAUAGCGGAGCAGAUGGAUGGUUAUUCUGGUGCCGACAUUACAAAUGUGUGCCGGGAUGCCUCGCUGAUGGCAAUGCGACGUCGUAUUGAAGGUCUGAUGCCAGAAGAAAUCCGAAACAUUUCCAAAGAGGAAAUGCACAUGCCAACCACCAUGAACGAUUUUGAAAUCUCUUUAAAAAAGGUCUCUAAAUCAGUGUCUGCUACAGACAUUGAAAAAUAUGAGGCGUGGAUUGCAGAAUUUGGGUCUUGCUGAGACUGGUCUUUAAUAAGCUCAAGUUGCAGCUAAUAUUGAGAGGAUAUGCUUUAGUGUUACUUGAGAAAUUGUAGCCUCGCACUCUUAUCAAUACAAUUUUAAAAAGUAAAACUGGGCAUCUUGAUGUUGCUACUGGGGUGUAAUUUUGUUGUUCAUAUUCAAUUGCAAGGGCCAGUAACUUUCAUCUAGAUGAAGUGAUUAUAUUACUAAUGUGUGUUGUUUUUUUAAUUAAAAAAAAAAAACAUGGUACUUUUCAAAAUGACUUCUGUAAAAGUACUUCAUAAAAUAUGAAACUAGAUUUGUGGAAUUUAAUAAAGAUUUAAUAAAGUUGUUAAAAAAAAAAAAAAAAAAAAAAAAAGACUGUUUAUACUUUUUAACCAAUUCAACAAAAUGUAGAUUUUGCGCAUGACUCAACUGUUAUUCUUAAAUGAUUUUACUAUACAACUGCCUUUUGCUUUCCGAAUUUAUAGCACAGAAAUAUUUUUAGAAACAACAACUAACACUAAAGCCAGAACAUGUCACGACCCAGAUAAUCUCUUAACCACACAAAAGAAAGUGUAAACUAAAUAUAAUACUAAUAUAGAAAUAACUACUCUAUGUAAAUGUUAUAAUCAAAGUGUGUUUGUGGCACAUCACUGCCUCAUUGAAUUAGUAACACU